ACAUGCAGAUCCAAAGCACUCGGCAGUUAAUCGAGCCUUGUCCUCUAUUCAAUCCAACUGGCGCUGUACAAACCCUCGAUUGGCAUGACGAAGUUAUAGCCGAUGUCCCUGGGAGUCAAAUCACUAUGGAGAGCCCAGUCUCGCCUUGGUGUCCAGGCGCUCUCCUUGGUUCCCAGGGUGUCUCGAAAUUUGCGUCCCGGCAGCCUAAUCCAACCUCGAUGCCGGCUCUCAUACUCUACCGACUCUCCUUCUCCAAUGGCAGAGCUCGGAACGCCGAUGGUUCGGAAAGUUGAGACUGGCAAGAAAAUGGAGAAAGGUCCUCUGCAAGGGGAGGUGGGUAAGGGGCGAUCAACUUCGAACCCCACGGCAGCAAGUCCCGGACGACUCUUCUUGCGGCGCAAGAUAAAGACGCAACCCCUCAGUUCCCGUGUCAAGCCUAUGAUCACACCGAUAAUUCAAUAUCCGACCAAACAUGCCAUGAAGCGAAGCCUGGGUAAGCAUGUUCUCAGCAAGAAAAGACAAGCUUUGCACGAAUACUACCUCGAGGUCCUCGACAAGCCCCCUAAUAACUGGCGCUCGACGCUAGAUUUCAUGAUUCGGCAUACACCAAAGGUCGGUGAGAUAUUAGAUUUCAAGAUAAAGAUCGGGAAAUCAGCCGCAGCACAAGCACGUGCGACUCUUUCCGACCUGGACACAAACCUUUGGCAAAUGCAGCAGAGGCACAACUGCAAUGUUCACAUAGAAUCGGGAUUUUUCGAGGAUGAGCCUCUUGUUCUCAACCUGUCAGGAAGUAGUGUCUCUAUCCGAGGAUUCUUGCUAGAGCUUGUUAGGAACACUGGUAAAAUCUCGGUGGUCAAAGUUCUAGACCCGACGUUGGAUAUUUCAUCGCUCACGUUUUGGGGUGACAACAGCGCUGAGGGCCAAGAGCGCAUCAAACUAAUUGGUCAAGGGGAAACUACAGCCGAAGAUGAGCUCAUGACAGUUUAUGGCACUAAGAAUGGUUUUAUCGAGAUGGCUAAACAACCAAAAUAUAAGUUAUACGAUUUAACCACACGUGCUGAUGAGAUUCCCCGGCCGGCUGCCUGGACCAGAUUUUCUUUCGAGCAAUACGUUGCCAAGCUGGUUCUAGGCCGGGUGCCCGCUCACUUACACCGAUCCCUCUAUCCGCUGGGCUCAGAUCACCAGUCGACGGUAGUUCAUCUCUUGACCAAGGUUUUCAGCUCGGAGGAUUCGCGAGCCGCCAUGUCAGUUACGGCGUUGAAGAUGGCGCUCCAAUUCAUACAUUCGCGGGGGCCAGUUUUCCGACCCGCGGCUCGCACUAUUUCUAUCCAGGCUGAGCAGCAGCAUUUAUCCCUAGAUGCUGAGGUUUAUCACACUUUUUUGGUGAGCGCGUCAAGGCGGGGUGACCUCCAAGGAUUUAACAGUGUUAUGAGAGCAAUGCAUAGGAAAGGGCACUACGUGCGCGCUCAAACCUGGAUUGCGUUUCUACAAAUGAUCAAAGAGCCUCAGAUCAAGCGUUAUAUUAUGAAGAAAAUGACAGGGCGAGGCCUGGGCAGCCUGCAGCCCGUUCUGGCAGAAAUGGGCAGGCAAGAGGUGGUGCUCGAACUCGAAUAUUCGGCCAAUACAGAGCUCAGCAUCCAGCGUAUGGUGGAUGCGCAGGACUCGAAGUAUGGACCAUCUUGGUUGAAUGCUAUCACACUCAACAGGAUCAUCGAUAUACUUGGAGGUCGUGAAAAUCUCGAGGCUUGCCACGAAUUAUUAGCCUUAAUCAGUCGCGACCGACGAGUCCAAGCAGACCAGUGCACACUCAAUACCAUGAUGGCGCACACUUUAUCGAUCCCGGGCAAGAUUGCGCUCCUGUCGCGGUUGCCGGGGGUGCGCCCAGAUGACACGACUUAUCAUAAGCUGUUCCAACCAGCCUGGAAGCAGCGACUUCCCAACAUGCUCCGCGUAAUUUGGCGAUACGCCGUCUUCUCUGGCCGGGCGAAUUCAAAAAUGCGCCAUAGACUUUCGGUGCUUAUGCAGCACCAGCUAGAAUGGAGCAAGCAACGUGCGUUCCUCAAGGAGUGUGAAGGUAUCAUCUUCGGCCGGAGAGAACUUGCCGCUUGCGGGAUCGAAACUGGCGACGACGCCGGUGGGAAGGGUAUAAGGCGCCUGGUGGAUUUAUACAUAGAAGAUGCAGGCGGACAGCUGCCACUCGUUCCACUGGGAACCAAACUCCAGGAGGCGUACGAGAUGGACAUGAAAAUUCACAAACUGAAAAGGGAGGGUACCGACUUAUCCGCCUCAGUUCAAGAUAGCCUCACGGUGGAAAUUCCUUUGGGCAUGAAGGAGGUGUUAGGGCAUACGGAUAGUGGUAAGGCGUCUACGAUGCGCCGCCAGUUGACGUGAAGUUGAUUGUCACGUCCUUUGACGAUAUAUAUGUAUAUAUGUUUAGACAAAAGAGCGCGAGGGCACACUUUGUAUAUUAUGUAGCCAUAUGUAUUAGGGGGUAUGAAAUGUUUGUAUUGUAACUCUCCAUCAUGAAGACUAGAUUGUACGUAGAAUGGUCAAUGAUACUAUACUGUGUUGUUCUGUUAAAUACCCCCUUCACCCCCUCUACUCAUGUUCCUUCUAUGUCUCCUUUUAUUACUAGAACUCCUGAUAUACCUUAGUAACUUGGCGUAGCAAACCCCGUCAAAUAUUAUUCCGCGUACAUGAUAGAGAUUAGGAAAACCGGCAAUCCUCAACAUACUUAAUUUAGUAGAUAGGCGGAUGGAGAUAGGUGACGAGUAGUACGAGCCUG